AUGGUAGGCGAGAAGGAAUGGGAGACAUGCUACCACUCGACGCCUGCCGGAUACAUCACCGGCUGCCGACGAGCGGCCAGUUUCCCCUUCUUCGGAGAUCAUUCGCUGGUCCCAAGCAGUGCUUUGAAGGUUCGAUCACAGAGCGAGUCCGAAGGACUUAAUAAAAUUCGCUUCAGCCAAAUAAACCUAGAUACACUUCGCCCACGACAACAAGGAAUUGUGGAAGAAUGUGAUGAGGCAAGUGACUGUGAAUCAGAUUCUAGCUCGUCUACAUCAGAAGAACCUGAUGCUUCAUCCGGAACUGCAGUGGAGCAGAUGGUUGAGGUGCCUUGCAAAACCCAAAAAUCGGUCCGUUUUGCCGACGAUUGCGGCAAAGAGCUGUAUUCCAUAAGGGUUAUGACCGAGCCCAGCGACUAUCCACCUCAAAUCAAUCCAAACGUACUAAGGAAGCUUAGAGGUGAUGACUAUGUCGAAGAAUCACCCAAUCAGGAACCAACACCAACGUGGAACUUAUUGUUUAAACAGCCAGCUAGCGAGUAUGUUCGAUUCAGAGAAACGUUGGAAAAGGAUCGAGUUUCGCUUGAGAACGUUGUAUUAAAGCCGGAUUCAUCAAAAAUUGUCGGCACGAUUAAGGUUGCAAACAUCGCAUUUGAGAAGAAAGUUUUCGUAAGAUACACCACCAAUAAUUGGCAGUCAUAUAUGGAUCGUCAAGCAACAUUUCAACCAUCGACUAGUAAAGUAUAUGACACCUUCACAUUUGAGAUCGAACUACCAAGGGCAACUGAUAAGGCUAAACGAAUGGAAUUCUGCAUAUGUUACAUUGCUAAUGGUAGCGAGAAUUGGGAUUCGAAUGGUGGUGAAAAUUACAAAUUGGAGAACGUUGAUGCGAAUUCACCUCCAAAGAAAUCCGUGCCACCAUUGUUUGGAAGACUCAAAUACUUGGAACGUGAUGAUGCCUACACCCUGAAUCAGUCGGAUUGGGGACAUUUCGCAUCGUGGAAGAGUUUGAGUACCGAUGGUCCAUACUGGUAG